GCCAUGAGUUGGUGAGAAUGCGUCACAUGAAGAAACGCAGAAAUGCGGAACGUUGAACCGGAUAGAUGAGAAAUGUCAUCGUUAUCUUGAGUCGAGUGGAGUCGAGAGUUUCUCUCGGAUUUAUAUAUCGACGUGAGAGUAUUUGUCAUCGAAGAGUAUUUAGAGUCAAGUUUAGUUGAUUGAGUUGAUUCAAAACUUACGUGAAUAAUAUAUGCAUAUUUGGAUCUCUCGUCUUCCGUCUUCUCUGCCGAGGCUGUAUCGUCGCUGAAUGUGCGAUUAUGCGAAUGGGCGAUAGAUCAACAUACGUUGAUGUAAUGAGAUGAAAGAAACGCUUUAGGUGCGAAAAGAGGAGCGGCCUUAGAUUGAGUAAUACCUGCGUGACGAUCCUAACCUAGUUUCACGAUAAAAUGAAGUCAGGCAACACGGACAAGCAUAGGGGCACAAUACUCCUAAAACCGGAGGAAAAUGAACAAGUCUUUCAGCUGAUAGGGAAUCGAUGCCAGUGUUUAGCAGCUGGUGUUAUACAAUUAUAUUUGACUGAAGCUCCCUUACAUAAAGAUUGGAUUAAAAAGAAUACAGGUAUUAUUACCUUGAUAAGAGAUAAUCCAAGACGCAGUUUCUUUUUGCGAUUAUUUUGUUUGCAAAGGAAGAUAAUGUUAUGGGAACAUGAAAUCUAUAAUUCAAUGGAUUAUAAAGCGCCAAUGUCAUAUUUUCAUACAUUUGAGGCAGAAGAUUGUAUGGCUGGAUUUAAUUUUGCAAGCGAAACUGAAGCUAUUACAUUAAGAAAUAUACUUCUUGGAAAAUUAAAUGCUAAACGUCAAAGAAGGCAAGAAAGGAAAGCAAAAGAAAUGCAAGCUAGUAGUACUUUGCCUUGGAAGAAUCAAAGUAAAAUAUCAUCCUUUAGUGUCACAUCAGGUCCAUCAGGUAAUUUGUCAAAUGGUGCGCCUGCUACAGUUGGUGUUAAUAGAAGUGCUUCUAGUAGUUCAAUGUAUAAAACUAAAAAGAAAAAAAGUGAACAAGAUCUUAAGCGCAAGUUGACUAAGGAUGAUAUCAGUCUCCCUUCUAAUUUCAGACAUGUGGCACACUUAGGAUGGGAUGUUAAUAACAAAGGUUUAGAAUUAGAUUCUGUAGAUUCACAAUUACAACAAUUUUUUAAUAAUGCUGGUGUUUCGGAAUAUGAACUCCAAGAUAAAGGUACUCGGAAGUUUAUUUAUGAUUUCAUUGAAAGGAACGGAGGUAUGAGUGCAGUGCAAGAAGAUAUUCGGCCAUUGGUUAAUGCAAAAAAUAGUAAUGAGCCUCCUGCACUGCCACAGAGGCAGGAAUAUCCUCCACCUGUUCCAGCACGAACAAUACCUCAUCAAACACGUAUUGCUCCGCCUUUACCUCCAAAUCGUUUUAGCACAUCUUCUGCAUUACCAAGUGUGCCAUCUAGCCUACCUCCGAGUGUACCUUUAAUUGUUUCGUCCAAUAUUCCACCAGUACACAGAAUCUUACCAUCAAGACCACCUCCACCAACUAUAACUUCGGCACCGGCUCUUCCGCCACCUCCACCUCCACCUCCACCUCAAGCUCUAGCUCCACCUCCAGCUCCAGCUCCAGCUCCAGGUCCAGCUCCAGCUCCAGCUCUAGCUUCAGCUCCAGUUAGAGCUCCUUCGAAAAUCAGUACAAACAUUCCUGCACCACCACCUCUGCCACCUUUAUCAGACUUGAGUAGCCCUAACAGCACAAAUGUUACUAAUAACAAUAAUGAAGACUCAAUCACAGAUCUUAGACCAAUGCUCAUGGAAUCUAUUAGAAGCGGCACAAUUUUAAGGAAAGUUGAUAAGACAGAGAUCAAACCAGCAUUAGUUGAGGAUUCAAGGGGAGACUUGCUACGACAGAUACGUGAAGGCAUUGAACUGAAACCUGUUCGAAAUGAAGCAAAAUCUAAUACAGUACCUGCACUUCGUGGUGGUUUGGCCGACGCAUUAUCUAGAGCUCUGGCUGAACGAUCUCGUGCAAUUCAUAGUGAAAGCGAAGAAUCCACUAGUGAUACUACUGACGAUGAUGAAUGGGAUGAUUAAAUCAG